UUUGAAAAGUUGGCGCGAGAAGAUGGCGGAUCGAAAUGGAGUUUCGAUAUCAACAGCGGAGAAACAGCAAGAUUUCAGAGUCAAUGUCAAAUCGAAGAGAAUGGUCACUCAUCAGCUGACAAAAUAUAAAAGUUUGCUCAUAAAGUUGCUCGAGCGUCAACCGGAACUGAAUGAAAGCGAUGUGGAAAAGAUGUUGCAAGAAAUGCUGUUGAAUUUUGAGGUUGCAGUGCAGGAGAACAUCUCUGUUGGAGGUUUCUCCUGGGAUGAAGCAGCAGCAGAAGAGAACUGUGAAGAUUACGAGUGCAGCAUAAUGGAUGACCUGCUGGAUGAGAAGAUUGUCCAGACCAGUUGGAAACGCAGCGUUUACCCAAAGAAAAUUCUGCCGUAUUUUGUACGGUCCCUGAAAGCUGAACGCAAACUUAUGAGUUUGUUUGAAACUGCAGUGAAGCCACAAGAAGUGAAGCGAGAUCCUGUUCAGGACACCGUAAUGAGCAGUGUUUCUGCUGCUGCACCCAGGAUGUUCACACAAGCGUCUACAGUCAUGAAGUCUCUGAAAGACGUGAAGCAGAUGGCAGAAGGUCUUCACCAGGUGCUGAACACACAGCCGUCAGCUGAGACUCUGGAGGCCUACGGAGAUGUGUUCUGUUGUGAUGGAAAACAUUCUGAAGUCCGGUGCAGCAGCGAGGAGUCUGCUAACAGACACUCCAUCAAAAGGGCUGCGUCUGAGAGAGAAUACAGCAUGCAAUAUGCUCCUAUGACUCCACCCAUUCAAGAGCAAUAAGGUGUGCAUGUGUGGUGUUUUGUAUGGCUUGUUCUUUUGCGGUGUGUUUUACUGGUCUGUAAACAUGUCUAUAAAAGUUCUAAACUAACCUUCUCUUGGUUUCAUAAUCACUUCAAAGCUGAUUGGUUUCUCAGGUGGAGCUGGUCAUGUGCCGAUAUUUGUAUCUAGAAGAUGGCUGAAAACGUUUCACUCUGUUUAGAUGGGGUUUCCUGUUGAUUCUUUCCUUAGUUUCCUUCCAUUCCUCAAAAUAUAUGCCUAAUUUACUCAUCUCGCCUAACACUCACUGCAGAUAUACACUAAAUAGCCAAAAGUAAGUGCACCCCUGACCAUCAUGCCUGUGUGUGAUUUUUCUACAAAGUCUGAAGCACACAAUUGUAUAAAAUAUCUUUGUAUGUGGUAACAUUACCAUUUUGUUUUGAAACUAAGAAACCGAAACCUGUUCCGGCAUGACAGUGCACCUGUGCACAAAGCAAACUCCAUGCUGUGUUAAGGUUGGACUGGAAGAACUCGAGUGUCCUGGACAGAGCCCUGACUGAACUCAACCCCACUGGAGCCUCUUCACUCAACAUCAGUGCCUGUUCUCAUUAAUGCACUUGUAGCUGAACUGAAUGAACACAGCCACACCCCAAAAUCUAGUGGAAGGCUUUCCCAGAAGAGUGGAACUUAUCAUAACUGGGAAUAACUCGAUAUUAAUGUCAUGGCUUUCAAACUGAAUGUUCAGCGUGUAUGUGGGUGCUAUGGAUCUCUUUUGUAUUAAAAGUUACGAAAAUAA